UCUGCUAACUCUCAGAUCAUCUUCUUCCUUCUCUCUUCACGCCCAAACAUCUCUGAUUUCUUCACCCCUCCACCGCCUCCUUUUUCUUUCUUCUUCAUUAUUAGGGCUCCGUUUUUUUCCAUUGCCCUCUUCUUCUAUAUGUUUUCUUCCAAAUCCUCUGCAUUCUAUGUCCGAUUGAAUGACUUCUUCUUUCUAAUGGGGUGUCUGUGUCUGUGUGUGGAAUGCCAUAACCGGCCAUGGGGAUGGAUGGAUGUUUAGUUAAACUCCUUCACUUCCCUUUUGAUUUCUUGUUGUUCUAUUGCGCUUAGUUGAACUAAUAAGCUUUGAUUUCCGGGAACGGGAAGGCAGGGAUUGCUGUUUUGAAUUUUGAGCCGGGUGUUUGGCAUUAUAGGGCUUAAUUUUGCUACCCCAUUUGGCAUUUCUCGAGCUCUAAGGCUAAGAAAUUUUCUGGGGUUUCGAAUUACUGCUGUUUCCCAUCUGGGUUUGGGAUCUGAAAGCUCUGUAAUCGAAUUCGCCAGGUUGUUUUGGUUUCUGUGUUGGGGUUCUCUGCUUUUUUAGCUUGGGAUAUUGGAUUCUGCGUCGUGGGUUUUAGACGAGAUGGCCAUGGCUAUAGCUCAUCACAGAGAGAGUAGUAGUGGGAGCUUAACCAGGCAUCUUGACAGUACUGGAAAGUACGUUCGAUACACAUCAGAGCAGGUUGAGGCUCUUGAGCGAGUCUAUGCUGAAUGCCCAAAGCCAAGUUCUCUUCGAAGGCAGCAGCUCAUCCGGGAAUGCCCAAUUCUUUCAAACAUAGAGCCCAAACAGAUCAAAGUUUGGUUUCAGAAUCGGAGAUGUAGGGAGAAGCAAAGGAAGGAGGCUUCUCGGCUGCAAACAGUGAACAGGAAAUUGAAUGCCAUGAAUAAAUUGUUGAUGGAGGAGAAUGAUCGGCUGCAGAAACAGGUGUCCCAAUUGGUGUGUGAAAAUGGGUUUAUGCGGCAGCAAUUACAAACAGUGCCAGCAGCAACCACUGAUGCAAGCUGUGAUUCUGUGGUCACCACUCCUCAACCCUCUAAAACAGAUGCUAAUAACCCAGCUGGGCUCCUCUCAAUUGCAGAGGAGACCUUGGCAGAGUUCCUUUCAAAGGCUACAGGAACUGCUGUUGAUUGGGUCCAGAUGCCUGGGAUGAAGCCUGGUCCGGAUUCUGUUGGGAUCUUUGCCAUUUCACAAAGUUGCGGCGGAGUGGCAGCAAGAGCCUGUGGUCUUGUAAGUUUGGAGCCUGCAAAGAUUGCAGAGAUCCUUAAAGAUCGUCCAUCGUGGUUUCGUGAUUGUCGAAGCCUUGAGGUUUUUACUAUGUUUCCAGCUGGAAAUGGUGGAACAAUUGAACUUGUCUACACACAGGUAUACGCUCCAACUACCCUUGCUCCUGCACGUGAUUUUUGGACGCUGAGAUACACAAUAACUUUGGAAAAUGGCAGCCUUGUGGUCUGUGAGAGAUCUCUCUCGGGUUCUGGUGCUGGUCCUAGUCCAGCUGCUGCUGCUCAGUUUGUUAGAGCUGAGAUGCUCCCAAGUGGUUAUCUGAUUCGACCAUGUGAGGGCGGUGGGUCCAUCAUACAUAUAGUAGAUCACCUAAAUCUUGAGGCAUGGAAUGUUCCUGAGGUGCUGCGACCGCUUUAUGAAUCGUCGAAAGUCGUGGCUCAGAACAUGACUAUUGCAGCACUACGGUACGUUAGGCAAAUAGCUCAGGAGACGAGCGGUGAAGUGGUUUAUGGUUUGGGCCGACAACCUGCUGUUUUGCGAACCUUUAGCCAAAGAUUGAGCAGGGGUUUUAAUGAUUUGGUGAAUGGAUUCAAUGACAACGGAUGGUCAUUGAUUAAUUGUGAAGGUGCUGAGGAUGUCGUACUUGCUGUGAAUUCUACGAAAAAUUUCGGCACGACAUCCAAUCCCGCGAACUCCUUAACGUACCCUGGGGGAGUUCUUUGUGCUAAGGCUUCCAUGCUACUCCAAAAUGUUCCUCCUGCCGUGCUAGUUCGUUUCUUGAGAGAACACCGUUCCGAAUGGGCUGAUUUCAACAUUGAUGCAUACUCUGCAGCAACCCUUAAAGCUAAUUCGUACGCAUAUCCAGGGAUGAGGCCGACAAGGUUUACCGGGAGUCAAAUCAUCAUGCCACUUGGCCAUACAAUCGAGCACGAAGAGUUGCUUGAAGUUAUUCGUCUUGAAGGACAUCCUAUGGUACAAGAAGACGCUUUUGUUUCAAGGGACAUUCAUCUUCUUCAGAUAUGUAGUGGAAUCAACGAGAACGCUGUAGGAGCUUGUUCAGAACUCAUUUUUGCCCCGAUCGAUGAGAUGUUUCCAGACGAUGCCCCAUUGCUGCCUUCUGGCUUUCGAAUCAUCCCAUUGGAUUCAAGAACAAGUGAUGCUAAAGGUGCAUUGACUACACAACGGACUCUCGAUCUAACAUCAAGUCUUGAAGUGGGUUCUGGAACAAGCAACGUUGCAGGAGAUGCGUCGUCGAGUCAGUGCCCUCGAUCCGUGUUAACUAUUGCGUUCCAGUUUCCUUUCGAGAGCAGCAUGCAGGAUAACGUAAUGAACAUGGCACAGCAGUACGUACGUAGCGUCAUUUCCUCGGUGCAGAGAGUUGCAAUGGCCAUAUCUCCUUCUGGGGGCAGUCCAUCACUAGGUCCAAAGUUGUCUCCUGGUUCUCCAGAAGCUCUCACUCUAGCACAUUGGAUAUGCAAGAGCUAUAGUUUACAAUUAGGAACGGAGUUGAUCAGUUCAGAUAGCUUGGAAAGCGAUUCCCUUUUGAAAAAUCUCUGGAAUCAUCAGGAUGCGAUAUUGUGCUGUUCGUUAAAGUCAUUGCCUGUUUUCAUGUUUGCAAACCAAGCUGGGCUCGACAUGUUGGAGACAACUCUAGUAGCCUUACAAGACAUCACAUUGGAUAAAAUCUUCGACGAGGCGGGUCGUAAAGCUUUGUGUUCUGAUUUUCCAAAGUUAAUGCAGCAGGGAUUUGCGUACUUACCUGGAGGAAUCUGUGCAUCGACAAUGGGGCGACACGUUUCGUACGAACAAGCGAUUGCAUGGAAAGUCCUCGAGGCAGACGAGACGACGGUCCAUUGCCUUGCCUUCUCCUUCAUAAACUGGUCUUUUGUUUGAUUGAAAGGCUUCUCCAAUGGCUCUUCCAAAAGUAAUUUAAUUAAAUUGUUAAUUAAAUCGCUUUUUAUUUUGAUUCAUGUAAAUAUUGGGGAGCCCAAUUAGAUACAAACACGUGACCCUUUAAGGAGACAGUUUUGAAGGCUAUGAUUCUUUUUUAUUCCCUU